UACAUAAAGACGAUAAAUUUGAAAAGUGACAAGUAACUCCAGCUGUCAGAUUAAUGUAGUGCAGUAACAACGUAGAAUAUUUCCGUCUGAAAUAGAGUAGAAGAAUCAAGUAGCAUAAAAUGGAAAUACCUUGUAAAGUACCUUGAAAUGGUACUUAAGUACAGUACUUGGGUAAGUGUAUUUACUUUCCACCACUGCUUAUAAAAUGUCCACAGAAAAGUUUUUUUUCUGCUUUAACAUUUAACCAGAACUGAAGAGAAGCAAAACAUAUUCUUCCACGCCUCCUUUUCUCUUUCCACUGUCACCUUUUUUUGCUCUCCUGGUCUUUUUCUCUCUCCACUGGAGUCUUUGAGGAGGUAAUCCCCAACCAGCAGCUCCCUGUUUCUUGCCUUGGACUCUCUCUCUCUCUCUCUCUCUCUCUCUCGACUCUCCUCCCUCCGUCCCUCCUCUCUCCCCCCUACCCUCUCUUUCUCCUCCCUUCUUCCUGCUGAGUGCCAGAGGAGCUCCAGUGUGAGAGAGCUCCAGUUCCAGCUGGCCUCCCCAGUGUGCUGCUGGUAUGGCGGACUCUCCUCUGAACCACUCCUGGCCCUCCUUCUCCAAACUCUGGAUGAAGAGAUGGUCCUUCAAGAGAGCAUCAGAGUGCAAGCCAUGUAGUCAGCCCUGUGGGCCUCCCAGUGCCCAGCUCAGUGUCCAGCCUUAUGUUCCCAGUGGGACAGGAUCUUCCUCCUCACUAUCCCCUGCCUCAGUUGCUGAGGACGUCUUCUUCGGUAGCACCAAUGAAGACCAGGAUGCGUGUUCAGUAGUCAGUGACUACGACUGCCCCUGUGCGGAGGUGAGCAACAGUUUGGAGGACCUGCUGGGCCUCAGCUCUUCUCUCAGAGACUCUGAGUACUUUAAAGACCUGGAAGAGGGGAUACUGGCAUCACAGUCUACUGCAUCCACGGUCCCAGCGAGCAAUACCUUAACUGCUGGCCUACAGGUGUCCCUAAACACAGACAGUCCCGCCACCAACCCCGCUGUACAGACUUCUUGGACCACACACUCCCUUCAGGUCAAUGCAUCAUCUCCCCCCUACUAUAAACACCCUGCAGAGGAACACCAUCACAACUUUGUAGUCACUCAGCUUAGUCCUAAGUUACUGCCAGGUUGUAUCAUUGACAGUGGUGACUCCUCUGGCCCUGCAGUAGGGUUUAGCUUGACAAUUAAUCUGAAUGGACUGUUGGGAUCAAUGGAAACAACAAAAGGAAUAACAGAACCAGAGGAAGUAAUGGAGCAACCCACAAUGGAUUCAGAGGGAGAGCCUGACCUGGACAGCUUUCCUACUCUGGUCAGAUCCAUGUCAACGUCUCGGAGGCACAGCUGGGGUGUCCCUGUGUCCCCCAUUAACCUGGGGAGGAGACUGAGUCUGGAUACCAUGAACAUGGACAGCGAUGGAGAGAGAGACGAUGAUGAGGAGGGACAAAAAAGUCUCUUCCAGUCCACCCAACAGCAGACCUACAGCUGCACAGCAUGUCCUGGAGAUGAGACAGAUGGUCCCAGGCUGAUCCCCUGUCCCAGAGCCAGAGUCACUAGCAUGGCUGGCGGUGUGCCUGGCAGGCAUCUGUACUCCCGCUCAGAGAUCCUAGCCACGGACGAGUGUUCCCGUGCCGCACACAUUUCUCGUGUUGUACAGACAUCCAAACAGGCCGCACGGGCAGCAGGAGCUGAGGAGUUCGACCCUGAAGAAAACCUACAUUGUACUGAGGGACAUAUGCUGAUGGUACAGAAAGUUCUGCAGGAGCUAAAGCUGUACCAUGGAGCGAAGCAGGGGAACAACAGAUCAGACACCAAAGAGACAGGAAAUGUCACUUGGUACGAGUUCCUCUCUCAUGAGAAUGAGGACGAGGAGGAUCGUACAGAGAAGGUGGAGAAAGGCACCAAGGUGAAGAGGACUCUUAGCUCUCUGAGGAACAGGAUGACGGGCUCCUUUAAUAAAGAUAAGGGUAAGAACAGAGAAAAAGAGCAGCAGAAAGAAAAGGGGAAGGAGGCCAGAGAGAAAGUGUACGGCAGCAGCAACAGCAGCAGAAGCAGCAGUGGGCAUUUUUUGGUGCCAGGGUCUUUCUCCAGCUGUGCCACCUGCUCACUGUGCAGCAAGACCCUGCAGAAAAAGCAUGGCCUGCAGUGCAUGAAUUGUGCUGUGAACGUUCACAAGAGCUGCAAGUCUCUGCUGGGUGAGUGCACCAGCAGCAAGAAUAAGAGAGAAUCUUUACCGAGGGCUGGCACAUCAGGAUCUCCUAACCUUGCGCUAAAAGACCGGGACAGGGAGAGGGAGCAGUUGGGCCCAGCCUCAUCACAGGCCCUGGAUGGCCACCCAGGUUAUUUCAGCACCCCAGGCAUGACCAUUAGUCCGUGGGGACCUAGCACUCAUCCGACUGCUGCCCAUACCACCAGCUCCACCACAGCCUCCAGCCUUGGCCACAGCCUCCGUCACCACAACAGCUCAGGAUCCCUCCCUGGGGAGAUGGAUGAGACAGAUGCUCUCCGCUCCAAACGCUGCAACGAAGACGCCAUUUCCCUUGCUCCCUCCACCACCGAGUCCAUCAUCGUUGAAGAUGCUCACUAUGCAGCAGUGCGGGCCGAUCUGGAGUCUGAUGCGCAGGACCUGGAGGCAGAGUCCUGGAGUUUGGCAGUUGACCAGCAAUUUGUUAAGAAGCACUCUAAAGAAACAGUGAAGAGACAGGAUGUGAUAUAUGAGCUGAUGCAGACGGAGAUGCACCAUGUGCGAACACUGAAGAUAAUGCUGCAUGUGUACGUGCGAGAGUUGAAGGAGAACCUCCAGAUGGACUCAAGCCGGCUGGACUGUCUGUUCCCCCGCUUGGAAAACCUCCUCGAGCUUCACACAAAUUUCCUGUCUCGUCUCAGAGAACGUCGGCGAGAAAACCUUGUCUCGCCCAACGAGAAGAACUACACUAUCAACAGAAUAGCAGAUAUUCUGAUUGCACAGUUCUCGGGUGAAUUAGGCGAGAAGAUGAAGGACAGCUAUGGAGAUUUCUGCAGUCACCACACUGAAGCUGUCAGCUACUACAAAGAACAGCUGCAUAACAACAAAAAGUUCCAAAACAUCAUACGGAAAAUCAACAACCUGUCCAUUGUUCGGAGGUUAGGAGUGUCUGAGUGUAUUCUGUUGGUGACACAGCGCAUUACCAAGUACCCAGUACUAGUGGAGCGCAUUCUGCACAACACUGAAGCGGGUACAGAGGAGCAUGAGGAUCUAACUCGAUCAAUAGGUCUGAUUAAAGACACCAUUGUUCAGGUUGACGCGUUGGUUAAUCUCCACGAGAAGAACUCUCGACUUCGAGACAUAAACAACAAGAUGGAACCAAAGGCACUGGGAAAAAUCAAAGAUGGCCGAGUGUUUCGUAGAGAGGACCUGGCACAGGGCAGAAGACGACUGCUGCAUGAAGGCACAGUCAACUGGAAAGCUGCUUCUGGCAGGCUCAAAGACAUUUUGGCAGUGCUCCUGUCAGAUGUGUUGCUUUUGCUACAAGAGAAGGAUCAGAGAUAUGUAUUUGCUACAGUGGAUAACAAGCCGUCAGUGAUCUCUCUUCAGAAGCUGAUCGUCAGGGAGGUAGCCCAUGAGGAAAAAGCCAUGUUUCUUAUCUGUGCCUCCUCCAAUGAGCCGGAGAUGUACGAGAUCCACACAGCCUCCAAGGAGGAGCGAAGCAGUUGGAUGACACACAUACGGCAGGCUGUUGACAGUUGUCCUCAUACUGAAGAGAGGCUGUUCAGCGAGGAGGAAGAGGCACGAGCUUCCAGGUUCAAAGAAUUUCAAGAACGGCUGAGUCAGAAGGAUGCAGUGAUCGUCCAGGCUCUUACUGAGAAGCUGCAGCUGUUUGCGGACAUGGCAGAGUCUGUGACAGGUCCAGAGGACACAGCUUCACGUGCUAGACUUCUGCUCCGAGGAGACGCCUCAGACCUCCAGCAGGGGGAGGCCCUGCUCAAAGGAGCUAUCACUGAGGUGGAGAACCUCCAGAACCUGCUGCAGUCCGGAGUGAGGGAGGAGACUCCAAUCUCACGGCUGGAAGAAGGAAGCGGCUCCGGGGUUCUGCCCAGGCGAGCGGAUACCUUUGGGGGCUAUGACAGCAGCCCCACCAUCCUCAGUAAGAAUGGCAGUGUGAAGAAGAACUUUUCUGGUGAGUCCAGAAACAGAGACAGAAGCCAGAGAGCCAGCUCUGACCCUCUGCUCAAAGACCACUGUGGCAGCAACACCCUGGAACAGACGGUUGAUGAGAGCUGCUGCUCUCCUGCCAGAUGGAACUGCAUCUGGUCCAACUCCUUCCCCGAGGCUGAGUUCUUUGACAGAGUGCUGAUGCUCUCCCAAAGGCUCUAUAGUCUGCAGGCCAUCAUAUCACAGCGGGACAGUCAUAUUGAGCUUCAGCGGGCCUCCCUGCCCGGUCGCCACAGAGGGAACGUGCUACUGGAGCAGGAGAAACAGCGUACUUUGGCCCUGCAGAGAGAAGAGCUGGCCAGCUUCCACAAGCUUCAGUCUCAGCACCGGCAGGAGCAGCAGCGCUGGGAGAAGGAGAGGGAGAGGCACCGCCAGCAAGUUGAGGCCACUGAGGCCAGGCUCCGACAAAGGGAGGAGGAGUGCAGACGACUGGAGGAGCAUCUAGCAGAAGAGAGGAAAGAGCUGGAGAUUCAGAGGGAGAAGUACCAGCGGGACCUGGAGAGGUUGAGGGAGUCCACCAGAACUGUGGAGAAAGAAAAGGAACGCCUGGAAAACCAGAAGAAGAUUAAGAGGAAGACUAUUGAGGUGGCUCCUCUGUCCGGCAGUCUGAACGGGGAACUCCUCAUGUCCUCUGCCCUCGCCACCUCUGCCAGUGUCGCCGACCUGCCCCUGCCUCAGAAGCCCCUGGUGCGUGGCAGCCUGUCUGUUGCGCCGGCUGACUAUCCAGAGCGCCCUGAAGUGAUGUUGCGGCGGGAGACGAGCUCCUCCACCCUGCCGCUGAAGACGGAGGUGCCCCUUCAUCUCUUCAGCACCACCAACCAGCUGCACAAACCGGUGGGGGUGCAGCAGCAGAUCCCCACCAAGCUGGCUGCCUUCAGCAGUGGCAAAGGGAAAGGAGGCAAGAUUGGCAAAGCCUCACAUCGCACUGACAGCACUGCCUCUGUGGAUAUGAAGCAGAUGCUGCCGAUGAAGCUGUCCGCCCGAGAAGACAACGCCCUCAAGGCCAAGCGCUCCAUCAGCCCCCACCAGCAGCUCCCGCUGUCAGCCCCUCCUCAGUCUCACUCCCUGCAUCACCACACAGAUCAACUCAGUCCUCCAGACAUCGCUGGACCAGAUACCCAGUCCACCUCCUCCAUCAGCACCUCCCACCCUCCAAAUAUUCAAAAGCCCCCCAUGCCUCCUGCACAGUCCCAUCCUCAGCCCUCCAUGCAGCCUCCCACCAUCCCUCCCCACUCGCACAGCGCUGGCUCCCUCCAGUUCCAGUCCCAUCUGCAGCCUCAGGGCCCCAGUCCCAAUGCUCAGGCCCAUGUCCAGGUGAAUGUUCCCGGCCUCACCCACAGCCACAGCAUGCCACCUUACAAGAUGAACACAGAAGACCUCAAUAAGGAGGACGUGAUCUUCUUCUAAACUCCAGUCAGCUGCCCUUUGGAUCAACCUGCUGAUUGCGGGAAAAACAACAAAAGAAAAAUUAUGUGAUGGUUGCUGGUCCCAAAUGAACCGUGUGUCCCAUUCCAAGGAGCCUCUUACAUGUAAUAAUGUGAUGUUGAUGGUAUGUUUAGUGUGGUGUUAUUGAGGCUUAAAUAAAGGUAAGAUAGUUUAAAUAUCUGUACACAGUUACAGCAAUCCAUAGCAGAGAGCAGAGCCUUUGUCAGCACUACAGUGGCCCAUGCAGAAAAAGAAGUUCUUCAAGAAAGGGUGACUUGGUUCUAUUUUAACACUGCUACCACAUCUUUGUUUUAAGCUGCCAUGGUUUCUUUUUUAUUUAAUUUUUAGCUUAAUUUCUUAACUCGAGAAGACAACAAGUAUAAAGAGGAAACCAUUUUCGAAGAACAAAAGCUUCUUGUAACUUGUAUAAAAAAGGUUUAAAAGAAGUUCUACCAAUCCAAAGACAUUAGCCGUGAGAGCUGAAGGGGAUUUGACUGAAAGGUACAAUGUGAAAGAAAAGCGGUUGGGGGAUUUUUUAGGAGACUCUGAUCAGCCCGGUUAAUGAAGCAUGAAAAGUGAAAGGUGCAGUGAUGGUGCCCCUGGCCUUAACCGUCUGCUUCUGCUGGACCUGAAACCACAAGAAAUGAUCCAACAGGAACUCCAAAAUGAUCCAACUCUUAAAACACGAAGGCUCUCUGCUCGGUGUUUCAUUUGCACAGUGUAAAUACUCCAUUCCAGACUAAGACAAAAUGUGUAUUGUUCGGUUGUACAGUUGUCAAAAUUGUGAAGGUUCAUUGCAUUUUGUUGUUCUUGUUCUGCUUAAUCAUGCUUAUUACAGAAGGCUGAACUUGUGGAAUACAUUUCUAGUGUUGCCACUGGUUGUGAAACCUGACUCUGGUCAGCAGUUCUUUUUCCAAGCUGUUGUGUAAUAAUGCUCCAUUUCAGUUAAGGGAGAGUUCAGCUUGUGGCAAAUUCUUUUUUCAACUCACGCAAAAUGAGACAAACUCAGGGAUGCCUUUAUUAUGUCUGUACAGUUUGAAGUUUUGUUAGACUUUACUGUGUACUCUUUAUCCUUCCGUUAAUAAUAUUUCUAAACAACAUUUCACAAGUACAUGCAGUUGCUUUUGUGAGCUCUAGCACCAAGUAGGUUAGCUUAUUGAUAAAAUAUCACUUUUUUAAUAUAGAAAGCGAGAAAUAUGUAGAUUUGUCUAUUCCUUAAUUAAAUUAGCCUUCAUUUAAACACAUAUUUCUCAAACUUUUAGCAGAGCUAUUGACCCCAUAGACAUCCUGGGAAUCCGCUAAAUUCAACACCACCCAGCAGAUUGUACCUUGUAGACAUCAGAAAGGCCUCACUGAGUUUGUCACACCCUGGGUUACAUUUCACUGUAACUCAGGGUAAUCCCCUUUAAGAGACACGUCUAUGAGAAACAUGGUGUACUGUACAAUUCAUGACAUUUCAUGCUGAAUGUUGUUUGAAGGUUGAAAUUAACUUUUUUUAAAAUUUUUUUUUACUGCUUUUAGAAGAGAACAUUUUGGGGAAAAUGCUUACUUGGCAUAAUCGCAGCAUUUUUAAACAGAUGAUAUGCACUGAAAAUAUCAAAAUCCACAAUCAUACUAAUGGAAAAUAUAACUUUUGCACUAGUGAGUGCAGUAGAAUAAAAGCCUCUAUUUGUUAUUUCUAAACAGAAACAAGUCAGAUUAUGACAACAAGCCCUAAAUGUGCAUAAAGGAGCACAGUGUUAAAAUUGUUUUCUAUAUCUGUGAUCGAUAUUCUGAAAUUACCUCACUCCUAAGGUGCAUUAUAAUAUUUAAUACUCAUUCUCCUCCUUAACCACUCAGUAUAUACAUGCACUGAGUCCUCACAGGACAAGCAUGGCAUGUAUGGAGUCCCCAGUUCAAUCCACUUCAGUACUAAUUCUUCAGUUCAAGUUCAUGUGAUUGACAAGUCAUGUUUUUGAAAGCUUCUGUCUCUGGACCUGAUUAUGCUGACUUGGCAGUUUGUAAAUUUGUCAGGAUGGGUUUAUUUUAGUGAAGCCGGUAUAUCUUUGAGAUAUAUAUGAAGCUGUCAGUUUUAAUUGAGACCCUGAGGUCUCAUUGACAGUGUGUUUUAUUGAUUGCUGAUGACAUUUCAUUAGCUGGGUCUUUAAUUUCUGUGCCUGACAGAAAAGCAGUACGGUGACUAGUGCAGAGGUCCUGUGGCAAAAAUGACUAUCGGCUGUUGUCUAAAAUGUCUGUUUUUAUCUUUCCUCACUGAAGAAAUAUGGAGAUCGCAUUUUCUUUCUCUGUAUAUACGUGAGAACCAUUUAAAUCAUGAAGUAGUUGACACAUAAAUGUGUUUUUUGUCUCUGGAGGGAAAAAUGUCAGAAGAGCUUUUUGUCUUUGUCCAAAUAAGCUUGUCUCUGAAGCUAUCGGUCGCUAGCUGAAGUUUGAGAAGAGUUUAUGUAUAUUAUGUAUAUUGUUGUAUAAACUGUAUGUGAUAUCUUCUACACUGACUGCCCUUGUUACGCAUUCUCGUAUUAGGAACAGAGAUAUUUUGACAUGAAUCAAGAUGUCAGCCAAAAGUCUCUGCAUAUGUGUAUAUACACUUAAAAUACACACACAGGUGUGUAUGUACAAUACGGUACGCCUUGCUUGGAUAGACUCGUGGCAGUUUAAUGAAAACACAAUCAGUAUCGCUGUUGUGAACUGAAAAUGAAGGUGUGCUUAUUUAAUCUCAUGGUUGUGUGUUGAUGUUGUAGCAUUGAAGUCGAGGUGCACUGUCUGUCGUCUUUCUCCUGCGAUUCAUGAGCGAUGUUUCACCAAGAUUAUGUAGCAGUCAUGAAAACUAAAUCAUCUGGUUAUUUCAGUCGGUUAAACCAAAGACACAUUCGGUUGCCUGGGUUCCUGUCUGUGCUCUCGUAUGAAGGAUAAAUGACACUGCUGGUUGUGUGGUCGUCCACAAAGUGUUAUUACUUUUAAAAACAUCCUCCAGGGAGUGUCUGUAAAAAGUGUGUUUAAAGCACAUUGUAGUCCAGCUCUUAUACUGCUUCAGGUCUAAUUUUUGAUUUGCUGUUUGUUCUGAAACCAGAGCGUACACAAACAAUAAAUCAAAUGGGGCGUUUAAGUAUUCUCACUUAUUGGCACAACCCAACGAUAUAGUCUUAAUUUUUCAUUAUCAGGAUAUGACAACAAUGGAACACGGAUGUACAUGUGAACUUACUCGGUGGUUUUCAGUGCUUGGAACCCUAUAAAAAUGUUUCCAAGACUUUGACAAAACUAUCUCAACUCAAGGUUCACUUACAAGCCUUUUCCCCUCCAGAGCUUUCAACCAUAACAUAACGGUCUUCAUCAGCAUAGUAAAGCCAAUGCUUAACAUAAAGGCCAACUCGGACGAGAAGUCCUAAAAGUGCUAUUGGUGAAAUCAUGGCAGCUACCUUGUCAAGACGAGUGAGCAAACUCAAUCUGCUAGUGAAGACCAAGUGAUAUUGGUUGAAAGCUUUGGAAAAUGUGGGGUUUGAUUGUUUCAGGGUUACGGAAGACCUUUCAUGUUAACUUUAAGACAUUUCCACAUCUGUUCAUUUUCCUGUACUGUCCAACUCCGUCUCCUUUUUAAUUCUGAAUGAGAGAUGUUGGGCAACGGGAAAACUGGUGUAAGAGCACUUUAGUUCUGCUCCAGGUACGAGACUGUUGGCAAACCUCAACAGUAAAGGUGGAUGCUGCCUGUUGGUGCCACUGUUUGGAUCAACUCAAGUCUUAAAUGAUCUUUUGCUGUACUGAAAUGCUUAACCUUUUUGCUCUGUUUUAAAAACUUGGAAGCCAGUCAGUCACAUCACUGCGUCUGUGUCUGUCUGUGUCUGUCUGUGUCUGUCUGUGUCUGUCUGUGUCUGUCUGUGUCUGUCUGCGUCUGUCUGUGUCUGUCUGUGUCUGUCUGUGUCUGUCUGUGUCUGUCUGUGUCUGUCUGCGUCUGUCUGCGUCUGUCUGUGUCUGUCUGUGAGAGUGUGUGUGUGUGUGUGUGUGUGUGUGUGUGUGCACUCGCCACCAAAAACACAGCAGGAACAUUUCUAACAGACGUGUUUCUUGUUGUGUUUUAUUUUUUUUAAUACACACACUCAUGCACACAUAUUGGACCUGUAAUGUGUAAAUAAUCGUCAACAUGUUAUUUCCUCGGCCAAUUUUACACUAGUCACUUUGGAUAGUAGCAUACUUGAAGGGGAAAAAUGAAUGUUUAUAAUGCUUAUUAUUAUUGUCUGUGAACUUUUAUUUACCAAGAGCUGUCUAACGACGUUUGUAGCACACAGCAAAACUGAUUUUUGUACCAUUUUAUUUUAUUCACUGCGAGACCUGUGGACACAAACUGCUGCCUUAGAAAGAGUUUAGUAAUAAAAAGUCAUGAAAUUGUA